GUUGGGGUUGACCCGAGGAUUGCCGAAAAGAUGACAUGAACGGACUGGGGCAAUAAUAGAGAGGAGGAUUCACUCAGUGCUCUGCUCUCUUGUCAACAUCAUCCAUCUCAUUCAUUUCGACACAGAUCAGCCUGAACAACCACUGCAAUCAUGGCAUCUCAAAGAAAAUUCUUCGUGGGGGGCAACUUCAAGAUGAACGGUAGCAUGAAGUUGAUCAAGGAGAUUGUCGACCAGAUCAACGCUGCCAAUUUGGACGGCAGUACAGAGGUCAUCGUCGCUCCUCCUGCUUUGUACCUACUUCAAGUCCAGGAAAUGCUCAAAAAGCCAGUGGAAGUGUCUGCCCAAAACUGCUUCACAGAGGUUUCCGGAGCCUUUACUGGAGAGAUCUCGCCCAAUCAAUUGAAAGAUGCCAAUGUUCACUGGGUCAUUCUGGGACACUCUGAACGAAGAUCUUUGUUCGGAGAUACAGACAAGUUGGUCGCGGACAAGGUCGCUGCGGCACUCAAGGCGGACCUCAAGAUCAUCGCUUGUAUCGGCGAGACGCUCGAGGAGAGGGAAAAGGGAGUCACUAUGCAAGUUGUGGAGAGACAACUCGAUGCUAUCGCUGGUGAGGUCAAGGAGGCCGACUGGAAGGAUAUUGUUAUCGCCUACGAACCCGUCUGGGCUAUUGGAACUGGCAAGGUCGCGACUGUUGAGCAGGCACAAGAAGUCCACAAGGACAUUCGACAGUGGUUGAGCAAGCGCGUCUCGUCUGCCGUCGCUGAGAGCACUCGAAUCAUCUACGGAGGAAGUGUCAACGCCAAGAACUGCGGAGAAUUAGCUGGACCCCCCGAUAUCGAUGGCUUCCUGGUCGGUGGAGCGUCGCUCAAGCCAGAGUUCCUGGAUAUUUGCAAAGUGCAACACUAGAUAUGUUGGACACCUCUCGCGUACCAAAAAGAAAACGUCCGUGUUGACCGGUCUGAGAAUGCAUAGACGAUAC